AUGAAGCCUCAUGCUGUAGUAAUUCCGUACCCUGCACAAGGUCACAUAGCCCCAGUGCUAAAAUUGGCCAAACUUCUUCAUUUCCGGGGUUUCUUCAUCACUUUUGUCAACACAGAAUACAACCACAAUCGUCUGGCUCGAUCCCGGGGACCGGAAUCGGUUAAGGGCCUAGAGGAUUUCCAGUUCAGAGCCAUCCCUGAUGGCCUUCCUUCCUCAGAUAAAGAUGCUACACAAGAUAUACCAGCACUUUGUGAUUCAGUUCAAAAUAAUUGUUUGCCUCACUUUUUGGACCUCAUCAACAACCUUAAUGAUUCGCCCGAUUGUCCGAAUGUUAGUUGCAUAGUUUCUGAUGGAGUCAUGAGUUUUACUUUGGACGCUGCUGAACAACUCGAUAUUCCUGAAGUUGUGUUUUUCACUACAAGUGCUUGUGGCUUCAUGGCUUACUGUCACUAUGCUGAACUUGUAACUAGAGGAUACUUCCCGCUCAAAGAUGAGAGCUGCAUAACUAAUGGCUAUCUUGAUACAAAGCUCGACUGGGUUUCGGGGAUGAAAGAUAUUCGACUAAGGGACUUCCCAAGUUUCAUUCGAACAACUGAUCCGAAAGAUAUUAUGGUCAACUACAACAUUCUGCAAACCAAGAAUGCAUCGAGGGCCAAGGCCGUGAUAAUUAAUACGUAUGAUGACUUAGAAAAAGAAGUUCUUGAGGCCAUUCGAGAAAAAUUUGAACGCGUUUGCACUAUUGGUCCACUCCAAUUGGUAGAGCACGAAAUAAAGAAUCCUAAACUCAAAUCCAUUGGCUCGAGCCUGUGGAAAGAAGACGAAUUGCACUAUUGCAUUACUGUUUUAUCGGCCAAACAGCUGUUGGAAUUUGCAUGGGGACUUGCCAAUAGUAAUCAGCAUUUCUUAUGGAUCAUCAGGCCAGAUUUAGUAAGUGGUGAAAGCGCGAUUUUGCCAGAAGAAUACUCGAGAGAAGUCGAAGGGAAAGCCCUUAUGGUGGAGUGGUGUAAUCAAGAACAAGUUUUGGCCCAUCCUUCUGUUGGAGGGUUCUUGACACAUUCGGGUUGGAAUUCAACGAUAGAGUGUAUAUCGGAAGGGGUGCCGAUGAUUUGCUGGCCAUUUUUCGCCGAACAGCAAACGAAUUGUCGAUAUGUGUGUACCGAGUGGGAGACUGGUUUGGAGAUUGAGGGAGAGGUGACAAGAGAAAAAGUUGCAAAAUUGGUGAAAGUUUUGAUGGAGGGAGAGAAAGGGAAGGAAAUGGGGAAAAGGGCCUUGAAAUGGAAAGAGAAGGCUCGAUUGGCAGUUAAACCAGGUGGCUCUUCUUACCAGAAUUUGGAGUUUUUGAUUAAUGAGAUUCUUCUUAAGAAUUAG